UUUGAUUGUUUUAUUGAUUUCUAGAAGAGAAAAUGAUGGAGAAAACUAACAUUGCGGAAUUCGGCCUACGUUUCGCAGGAUGCAUCUAUGUGGCUACGCCGGGAUCACGACCCCACGUUCCGCUGAGCCAUUCACGGCAGGUCUUCCCACAGCGAAGGGCGGGGCGGGGCCGGAGCUCGUGGCCCCGGAAGUUGGGCAGGGCUUCUGGCGGAAGUGACCGCGUGUAAGAAAAGGGGCGGGGACGGGAACACUGGGCCGCGCCUCCACUUCCCCCUCCGCUCCGGCCGUGUGCGCGCGCGCGCUUGCUCUGCUGCGUGAGUGCGUGCGUGCUGGCGUGCGUACGCGGCCUUGGCGCCCUGGCGUCGGACUCGCCGGAGUCGGGCGUGUCCCGAGGCAGUCGAGGUCGCGUAGGGGCUGGGGCAGGUGCGGGAGGAGCGGGCCGGGCGGGGGCGUGUCCCGGGACUGCGGAGAAGCCGGGCCUGAGGCGCGAGGAGAGCGUGUGUGCGGGGGAACCUCAGAGCUGAGACCUUUAUCAUUUCAUCUAGUUGUGACCUAGUCCAGUCUCCUGGCCACAGUGGCUGGAGCCCUCCUUACGUCCUGUCUGAGCAACAGUGGCCCCAGAAUGCUGGGUUCUCCAGAUUCUGCCCUUCCCCAAGAAAGGGGAGUAGAGGAGGAGGGAAUGACUUCUGGGCUCCUGAUGGCCAGGUCCCUGGAAUCGGUGACGUUCCAGGAUGUGGCUGUGGACUUCACCCAGGAGGAGUGGGGGCGCUUGGAGCCGGCCCAGAAGGACCUGUACAGGGAGGUGAUGCUGGAGAACUACCAGAACUUUGUCUCCCUUGGAGGACUGCCAGCCCCCAAACCUCAUGUGAUCUCCCAGUUGGAGAGAGGAGAAGCACCAUGGAUAACAGAGAGAGAAGCCCUGGGAGGCAUUUGUCAAGAUUCUGUUAUUUGGAAGACCAGAUUUGAAACAAAGGAGUCAGCUUCAAAGCAGGGCAUUUCUGUAAGAGAAUUGUCCAAGGAGAGAUGUUCAGAAAAUGCCAUCUGGGAUUCCAGGUUACCAGAAGAUUGGGAUUCUGGGGUCACUUUGGAGAGGCAAAAUCAGGAGAGAUGGUCUCAACAAGUUUUGGUCAGUCAAAGAAUAAUUUCUAAUGAGUUGAGUGUUCCUGAAUGUAACACUUCUUUGAGAAGCUUCACUGUAGGGUCAAUUCUUGUUCCAAAACAGAAUGCUACUAUAGGAGAAGAGCAAAGUCAGUCUGAUACCAUUGGAAAGACCUUCAUACAGUCCUCAGAAGUUAUUAAGCAUAAUAAGAUUGCCUUAGGGAAGAAACUUUGUAAGUUUAAAUCUAAGAAGCCUCUCAAUUAUCAUUCAGACCUCUUUCAGUAUCGGAGAAUACACCCUGGAGAGAAACACCUUAAAUGUAGUCAUUGUGGGAAAGCCUUUGGGAGCAGAUCAUGCCUUAUUGCACAUCAGAGAAUUCAUACUGGAGAGAAGCCCUUUGAAUGUACUGAAUGUGGGAAAGCCUACAGGCGUAAGGCACAUCUUACUCAACACCAAAGAAUCCAUACUGGAGAGAAACCUUACAAGUGUAAUGACUGUGGAAAAGCUUUCAGCAUUGAUUCAUACCUCAUUAAACACCAGAGAAUCCAUACCGGAGAGAAGCCCUAUAAAUGUAGUCAGUGUGGGAAAGUCUUUAGCCAGAAAGGUCACCUUAAUCAACACCAGAGGAUUCAUACUGGAGAGAAACCCUAUGAAUGCAACGAAUGUGGGAAAACCUUUGGUCAGUCUAGACACCUUAGUGAACAUAAGCGCACUCAUAGUAAAGAGAAACCCUUUGAAUGUAAUGAAUGUGGGAAACUCUUUAGACAGCUGAGAAACCUUAGUGAACAUCAGAGGAUUCACACUGGAGAAAAACCCUAUAAAUGUAAUGAAUGUGGGAAGGCCUUCAGCAACAAUUAUGUCCUUAUUCAGCAUGAAAGAAUUCAUACAGGAGAGAAACCCUAUACAUGUAAUGAAUGUGGAAAGGCCUUCAGUCGUGGGACAUACCUUAUGAAACAUAAGAGAAUUCACACCGGAGAGAUACCAUAUAAAUGUAAUGAUUGUGGGAAAGAAUUCACUGACAAAGCAUCUUUUAUUUACCACCAGAGAAUUCAUACUGGAGAAAAGCUCCACAAGUGUAUUGAAUGUGGGAAAACUUUCAGCCAGAAAGGAAGCCUCAAAAUGCAUAAGAUGAUUCAUACUGGAGAGAAACCAUUUGAAUGUCAUGAAUGUGGGAAAACUUUCAGAAAUGGGGGUCACCUGAGUGUACAUAAGAGAAUUCAUACUGGAGAGAAACCAUUUGUGUGCAGUGAAUGUGGGAAAGCCUUCAGAGAUAGUGGAGGCCUUAGUGCUCAUCAGGAAAAACAUGGAGAGAAACGUUACACAUGUACUGACUGUGGAAAAACCUUCAGAAAUAAGGGAUACUUCCGUGUACAUCAGAAAACGCAUACUCAGGAGAGGCACUAUGAUUGUGAUGAAUGUGGGAAACACUUCAAUCUGAGGGGAUCCUUUAUUAUUCAUCAGAGAGUCCACACUGGAGAGAAGCCCUAUAAAUGUAACAUAUGUGGGAAAGCUUUUAGUUACAAUACAUCCUACAGUAAACAUCUGAGAACUCACACAGGAGAGAAGCCCUAUAAAUGUAACGAAUGUGGAAAAGCUUUUACUCAGAGGGACUACCUCAUCGAACAUGAGAGAAUUCAUACUGGAGAGAAACCUUUCAAAUGUAAUGAAUGCGGAAGGGCCUUCAGGCAGAAGCAAACAUACAAUGCACAUAAGAAAAUUCAUACUAGAGAGAAGCCCUUUAAAUAUAAUUAAUGUGGGAAAGCUUUCAGCUAGAGGGAACAUAUUAUAGAAAAUCAGUGACUUUUAUACCAGUGAGAAUCCCCAUAAAUACAAUGAUUUGAGAAGGUAACCGUCAUAAACCAUAGAGAAAGCUAAUUCAGAAAAUACACACUUGAGAAAAGCCUUAUGAACAUAAUGAACAUGGGCCAGAUUUUAGGUGUGUAUUUCAUUUGUUAGAUAAUUCAUGCAGGUUAACUGUGGCUUUAAUAAUUUGGGGAAUACUUAAGAUAAUCUGGUCACCUUAAGAAUCAAAAAUGUUACGUUUUUUCCCAAGGUACGCUAUUUGGGGAUUUGAGACAGAAAAGUAGCUAUAAUAAAAUAUAAAACUUUCAUGUCCCUUUCUGCUGGAAUACACAUUUUUAACUGACAUUAUCUAGCAGUUCAAUUGCAUAAGAGCAGGUUUUGAAAGAACACAUAUACCACAAGACCACAAUUUUAGAAAACCCACUAAAAUAUUAGCAAAAAGGAGAAAACUUGGUAGCUUAGAGCAAAGAAACAAAACACGACAGAUAAAUGACGGUAAGGUGACUUUCCUGCCCAUAGCAGGAGGAUGCGUAAUGGUGAGAGUACCCGUCUUCAUGUUUGUCUUAUGUUUACAUUAAUCAUUCUCGGGCCCAGAUGGGUCCACUUUACAUGUGCUUUGUUGCCCUGGCCAGUAGCCUGAAAAGAAUGAUAGAAUGUUAGAACUGGAAGAUAACUUGAAGAUUACCUGGUUUAACUACCUCUGGUACUGAAAGAUGGGACAUAGAGCACAAGAAGAGGUAUUUUGGUUCUUCCUCCAGCUGCGAGGGAAAGUGAAGUUUCCAGCAAAGGCAGGUGAGACUCACUGGUGGUGAGUGGCUGGCUGUCAGUUAUUUGGCAGUCUAGCAACCCUACAUUCCUUCCCUGCACGUGCACACCUCAGCUUCACUUUUGAUACCUUUGGAACAACAUACAAGUUCUGGGAAAGGUGAGAUUUGACAGAGAAGAAAAUCUAGGUAUAAUUCUUUUGUGUAUUCUUUGUGUAAUUUGUUUUUGUGUUUCAUGCCAUGUUAUAUUGAUGCUGGCAAGGGAUCUGAAGACCCCUAGAUUAGAACCAGAUGAGCCAAAGUGUUGUGUUCCCAAGGUAAACCCCGGGGUGAGACAGGAGCCAACAUUACACAAACAUUCCUUAUUUCAGGUAUAACUUCUUUUCAGGGUCCUGGGUCCAAACUUUGACCUGCUGGAUGGUUCCAUAAUUCAUAUAACAGAAUCUCAUUAAUUUGAUCAGGGUACAGAUUCUGUGGGUUACCAUUGAUAUGCUCAGCUAACUUGCAUCCUUUCAGAAAAUCCCACAUGGGAACCCUCACCAAAUAUGUCAUUGAAAUAACCUUUCAAGAUCACAGUCCAUAGAAGACAGUGAGGCCAUGUGUUGCAUCAUAAAUAUAGAGCAGUGUUUGCUCUAGGAUAUCCUUAGCUGGAGUAGAAAGUUCCAGUUUAGAUUAGAUGCCCAAAUGACACGAAUAUCACUGGGUUACCUCAACUGUCAGAGGAAAGGAGCCCUGUGUCAUUUGCUCUGCCCUUUUACACAGUGGGAUAGAAGCCUGUACUCAUUUUGUGAGCAUGUGUUCAUUCACAUUCACUAAAGACUAUUCACUAAACAUUACUGAACAAUAGUUACUUCCCAGGCAGCCCAUUGAGGUCAUCAAGAUGGGAGAAGAGGUUAAGGCUCAGUACCCUAGCUAGUCUAUGUAAUCUAGUUAAUCCUCCCUUUCAGUUUAGCCAGUAAAGAUGCUGCAUCCCCAACCCCUCCCUCCAUUCCUCCAAAUCACAUUGGUAACCAGAAACAACAAGGGGGCAUGUAAGAAGCGAGGAUCUGUCUCCAAGCAGUACUAGUAGAGAGUGCCUCAGGCAGGUGUCUAGGUAACGGUCUGUGGGAUAGUGAGGUUCACCAAGCGUUUCAAGCAGUCAGUCCUGAAGCUUUCCCUUUUUCCCAGAGUUGAAUAUGGGCCUACUGCUAUGAAUCAUUGACAUCGCUGACAUCUCACAGUUCAAGCUCCUGUCACUUCUUGUCUAGAUUAUUACAAUAGCGUCCUAAUCAGUCUUGCUACCUGAAGGCUCUCCACGUUCUAUGCCAUCCUCCACACAGUUAUCAAAAUUAUUUUCCUCAAACACCAAUCUGUUACUCUUCUCAAAUUCCACUGACUCCCUGUUGCCUUGGAUAAAAUAAACGCUAGCUUUAAAAACCUUUUACAACCUGGCCCCAACCUGUCUCCCCAGUCUUGCUCUCUCUCCCAUUGCAAAUUGCAAUCCAGGCAAAUUGGCCUCUCUGUUCUUCACAUGUGACAUAACACUCCAUCUUGUAUUUAUUUGUUCUGUAUAUAUUUAUAUAUGUGCUUGUCUCAUUAGAAUGUGACCUCUUUAAGAGUGGGCGUUGCUUCAUGAUUUUGUAUUUAUUUGUAUUCCUGCCUAGAACAGGGCCUGGCAUGUGGUAGAUGUGUAAAUGCUUAUUGAUUGAUGGAUCUCCCAUUCUCUUCCAGGUCCUAGUCCAGAAAUAUGGUAUGGAUCAUUGGCCCAGUCUGAUCAGUUGGGCUGGGCUGAAGGACCAGGCCCUUUCUCUCUGUGGUAUAACAUUUCUCCUCCCUUGUAAUUUGGGAGUAUUGAGACACAGUGGUUGAGCGAUUCUGCAGGCCUCCCCACCCCCAGCAACUCAAGUGUCCCGUAUUUCUAAAUCCUACAUGAUCAUAAUCUGAUAGAAAAGCGGUGUGCUAUCAUUGCAUGAGCUGUGAGUUUACAGUAAGAAAAGACCUGAGCUUAAAUUACAGGUUCUCACAUUGACUAGGUUUAUGAUCUUAAAAAGUACACUUAAUCUCUUCUGUGUUUAUUAGUUAGUGUUUUCUUUAGUUUAUUUCUGGAGUUUAUGGUAGACUAGAGGAAAUCUUGGCUUAGUCUGCUAGUCUGACAUGUGCCCUGGAUUUCGAUUGGAAAUUGGAAAAAGCAGAUUAUAAAGGGGCAGUAGGAUCCUAAGGGAUUAGAAAUGUUCAAAAACGAAAUUCUGAAGACACAAAGGAAAACCAUUCCAAUGAGGAGGAAAAAUGAGAGACUUAAGUGAAUGCGUAGAAUCCUUACCAACUAAUUUUUUUAAAAGACCAGUGUAAAGAAGAUUGUAACAUAGGUAUUAGGAUUAACAAAAGCCUGGAUUUAUUAAAAUGUAUAUUUGCAGGAAUGCUAAAAGCUCUGAAUGAGCUGUGGGUGAUAAGGGAAGUCAAGGACAACCAAAAAAGGUUCUUUUAGUUACAUUAGGAGUAAGAGGAGGAUGGAAAUAUGGAUGUGUUUGCUUGCAACGUGAUAACGGACCGCAGAGCAUGGCCGCUCUGUUCUCAUUUUGCAUUUUCUUAUCCAAAGAGAAUGAACUUUGCAGGGGAAAUGACUACUCUAUUGAUACUUGGGCUUGGUAAGAGGAUAGUAAGGUAGCACCUAGUUGUCCUUGAUGGAGUCAGCCCUUCUGGCCCAGAUGGAAGCAGUAACAUGAGAUUAGGAAAGGGUAAAGGACCUGAUUUUCAAAAAGGGAGAGAACAGUCUGCAAACUUAUGCCAUAUCAUCUCGUUUCCCUUUUUUUUAACAAUGUUGUUAAGCUAGUAGAUGACGAUAAUGCUGAGAAUAUAAUUUACCUGGGGUUUUAGCAAAACAUUUGACCAAAGUGUCUUGUACUAUUCUCAGGAAGGAGCUGGAACUGUGGGUUAGAUGACCAUACCAUUAUCAGCGAAUGUCAUCAAUGCCUUGGAUAGUGGUGGCCUGUUCACCAGAGGAUGCAGAGCUGGUGAAGAGGCAAGCAGUGGGUGACAGGACAUGAAAGGAUCUGGACUUAAGUUGGAUUUCGGUAGGGAUAAAUGUAAAGUCAUACACAUUUAUAAUGGCCUGUGAGCUCAAUGGGAGUCAACAAUGUGGUAUGGCAGUCAGAAACCAAAUGUGUCUUCAGCUGUAUUGAAAGGCUUCACUCCCAGGAAUAGGGAAGUUUUAGUCCUGCUAUGUUUUGCUCAUUAAUAAACCUGGAGAGCAUCUAGAAGAGGGCAGCCAGGGUGGUGAAGGGCCCUAGGGUCUGUGUCAUGUGAGGUCCAGUGGAAGGAAUGAGGCAUGUGAGCCUGGGCAAGAGAAGACUCAAAAGGGGGCAUUAAAACUAGUCACUGUGUUCUGCUGCUGCUUUAUGCUAGUUGCUUAGAUUAUUAAUUAAAAAUUCAUUAAAAUUGUUCGGUAACUUUUUUUGGCCAGCGUUAUUUAUCUAAUUUCAGAAUCAAGCCAGCCUUUGCCUUAAAGAGCUAGACACCUCACCAUCUCUUCUCUGUAGUUAGCAAAUCCUGUCUAUUGCUGGGUCUGCUUACUUGUUGAAGAUCAUGCAAGAACCUACUUAACCCUGCUUUUAUUGUUUGGUUUUUGGGGUUUUUUUGGUAAUCAAUUCAUUGACUCAUCUACCCUGUUUCUUCCCUUGGAAUGAAUGGGUUUGAUCAAGUCACCUUCUCAGUUUGGCCACUUGGACUGUGGGAAAUCCUUCAUUUAACUCUUUCCUGGGUCAUGAGCAGAGAACCAUACUGGUUGUUGAACCUUCUCUUAUCUUGGUUGUGUCUCCCCUUUCUCAGCCUAAGUUUGGCUGCUCUGUGAUUUGUCUUUGUUAAAAUUAAACUGAAAAAUAAAGGUGUUACUCUGGUUGCAAA